AAGUGAGCACGGCUGUUAUGCCGCGUGUGUUGGUGCGGUAGUGCAGUGGGGCAUAGGCCCAAUCGUUCGAAAAUAGAAAACGGAAAAAUUGACCCCCAGAUGGGAGUAUACGAGGAGAGGGGAGCGAUGCACUGGCAACAGAGUGAGCGGUAUCUGCCUUCGGCGUACGAGCAAGGGGGCGAGUUGUCGCCGGUAGCGACGGCGACUUCCCCGGCCUCCCCCCGCGACUGCACCUCGUGCCGCAAGCGUGAGCCGCCGGACGAGCCCCCCGCGCCUCCGCCGGAAGAGGCGUGCGCCGGCUGUGGCUCCCGCAUAACCGACAGGUUCUACCUCCUGGCCCUCGAGCGCCGCUGGCACACCCCCUGCCUCAGGUGCUGCGAGUGCAAGAUGCCCCUUGACUCAGAACAACGAUGUUACGCUCGCGACAGCAAUAUAUUCUGCAAGAACGAUUAUUUCAGGUAUUUAGAAAAUAUUAAGGGAAACAAAGUUGUGGUUUUAUGUCAGUUGAAAGGAUCUAACCAGUGGUCACGUGUGGAACAAACCAGAGUCGGCGCGGCGUCAAGCUGGGCAUUGCUUAUACCCGUCAUUGUGAUGCUGAAUGUGUGCGAAAUGCUAUAUUUUCGACGGUAUUAUUGUUAUACGGGUGUUGUGUUCUGCCCCAAAUGUAAUGCGGAAGCCGGCAUUUAA